AUGAACAAGGUCGCCAUCUUGACCUCGUCCACUCACGAGCUUGGUGUGACAAUUCGCCAGCGCUCAGACCUCCUCGCCCUCCUCGGGCCAACCUUCACCCUUGCCGUCCGCUUCCAGAGGCUCGUCGCCGUUGCGUCGUGGCUCCUCCUUGUCUACGGCCACCUCCUCGCCACCACAACCCUCUCCUCGACCAUUGUCGCAACCCGGCUCUUUGCCGCCAACUCAUUCCUUCUGCUCAACGCAACGAUGUCGGCGUUUCGCAGGUCGCUGAGGCGUGCGUGGAACUCCAAGAAUGUCUCAAAGCUGAGAAAGAAGUUCUUCAUGGAGUUCGCCACUACGAUACUCGGUCCAGGGGGCAACAUGCUGAUCGUGUUGGUCUUCUGGCCGGGGUGGAUGCUCGUCCUCGGCCUGCUUCUCGCCGUCCGGAUGAUGGCCGGAUGA